AAAAACUAUCGUUUUCAGUCAGUGUGGACAUCGUAGACGUACAAAUUCUCUCGAGGCAUUCAAUGAGCGCCAGCAAGGUCGCCACAGCGGCAACUCCCGCCUCCAGCAGCAUCAACAUUUCCGACGGAGAGAAACCCAAGGAAAAACGCACUGGCACACGCAUGAAGCUGCUCAACGAUGUGGCAGCAAAGGCUGCAGCUGCCAGUAAAGGCGCCUCCGUAUCGCCGCGCCUCAAGCCGGAGAAACGCACAAGCAUCAAAAUACUCAACAACAACAACAACAACGAUGAAGCUCAGAGUAGUACAAAGGGCGGCGAUAGGCGUGCCACGCCCAAAACCGCCAGCACCAGCGUCAAGAUAUUAAACGAGAAGCGCUCGGCGCCCGCCAGCACAGCCGUGGAAACGGCCAAGAUAAAGACAUCGCCCAGCAAGAAGAAGAAAAUGGAUCACUAUGUGCUGCAGGCCAUCAAAAGUGAGAACAACAAAGCGGAGAACACGACCAGCGUGGUGGUGGUCGAGGACGAAGACACCAUAGACUUUAUACUGGCCGAUGAUGAUGUCGAGCUCGGUGCCGGAGCAAAGGAGAAUGGCGAAGAAUUUGUGGUAUCUGGCGUGGAUGAAGAUGAAGAUGAUGACGACGACGAUGACGAGGAUGACGGUGUGGUGGAAGGCGGUGCUAAGCGCAGAAGUGGCAACAACGAACUCAAGGAAAUGGUCGAGCACGUGUGCGGCAAGUGCUACAAGACAUUCCGACGCGUCAAAAGCUUAAAGAAACACUUGGAGUUCUGUCGCUACGACAGCGGCUAUCAUCUGCGCAAGGCGGACAUGCUCAAGAAUCUGGAGAAGAUCGAGAAGGAUGCAGUGGUUAUGGAAAAGAAGGACAUAUGUUUCUGCUGCAGCGAGAGCUACGACACCUUUCAUCUGGGCCACAUCAACUGUCCCGAUUGCCCGAAGUCGUUCAAGACACAGACCAGCUAUGAGCGUCACAUUUUCAUAACACACUCGGAGUUCAAUGAUUAUCCCUGCUCCAUUUGCAAUGCCAAGCUGAGGAGCGGCGCGCUGCUAAAGCUGCACGAGCAGCAGCAUCAAUUGCGUGGCAAGCCGUUUGCCUGCAAAAUCUGUGGCAAGGACUUUACGCGCUCGUAUCACUUGAAGCGCCAUCAGAAAUACUCGUCCUGCUCGGCCAAUGAGAACGACACCAUGAGCUGCAAGGUGUGCGAUCGUGUCUUCUAUCGCCUCGACAAUUUGCGCGCUCAUCUCAAACAGCAUCUGGGCACCCAGGUGGUCAAGAAGCCGGAGUACAUGUGUCAUGUGUGCAAGAAUUGCUUCUACAGCCUCUCCACACUCAACAUUCACAUACGCACCCACACGGGCGAGAAGCCCUUCGAUUGUGAUCUGUGCGACAAAAAGUUUUCGGCUCUGGUGGCGCUCAAGAAACAUCGGCGUUAUCAUACGGGCGAGAAACCCUACACCUGCACUGUGUGUAGCCAAUCUUUUGCCGUCAAGGAGGUGCUUAAUCGCCACAUGAAGCGGCACACUGGCGAGCGUCCCCACAAGUGCAACGAGUGUGGCAAGAGCUUUAUUCAGGCCACACAGCUGCGCACCCAUUCCAAGACGCAUCUGCGUCCCUACGCGUGCUCCAUGUGUAUCCAAAAAUUCAAGACGGAGAAGCAACUCGAGCGCCACGUUAAGGAUCAUACGCGUCAGAAACGCGCCUCCUUUGCCUGCACGGAGUGCACAAGAAGCUUCCGCACCAGCGCGCUGCUCAAGGAGCACCUGGACGCUGGCGAUCAUUCGCCUGUUAAAUCGACACGAGCCAAGCGCUCGGCCAAAAUGAUCGAGCGCACGGACUGCGCCAUUUGCGACAAGAACUUCGACACAACCGAGACACUCCGGAAUCAUAUACGCAGCGUGCACGAGUGCGACCCGGAUGACAUCUUUGGCACGGAGCCACCAGCCAAGCGCAGAGCUAAGAAGACCGUCGUGGCGCCGGUGGCGGCGGCGGAGCAGAAAGAGCAGGAGGAAGACUUGCCGGCUGCCAACACGUCAGCCGGCUCGCUCAUCUCCAGCAAAACGGAUGGCAACGGAGUCGUGGUGCGCGAGUUUCUGGUGGAUGAGGGUGACGGCAACGCGCAGACGAUUGUCCUGGAAAACGAGGUCUACACCAUUUUGCCACUGGAGGGUGACAAGGCAACCGAGCCGACGGCCGAGACCGAUGUCAAGGCCGAGUCGUCUAAGGAGAAGCCGUCUGUGUCGCCGGUGGUCAAGAAGGAGCAACGAAAAUCACUGGCCGCCAGCUUGGCCGCUGCCAUUGCGGAUAAUCUGGAGGAGCCGUCAAGCGAUGAUGAGUUCGGUGGCGAGGUGCUAACCGAGGAGGAUCUGAAGCUCAAGGAGAACAUUGCCAAGCUAAUAGACAUGCUGGUCGAUCCGCAAACCCUCAAGAAAUACGGCUGGCCCAACAGCUCCGAGGAGUCGGUGCUGUGCAAGGUCAUCGAGAACUGUGGCCACGAUCUGGCCAAGGGCAGCGAAGCCUAUGCCGAGUUGGACUACGGCAGUCGCAUGCGCGAAUAUUGCAAGCUGCUUUUCACCGUGGUGAUUCACAAUGAUUCAAUCAAGGCGCUGCUCAACAAUUUUCCCAUCGACGAUGUUAUUGAGUAUGUGCUGGGCGAUGAGGAUCAGGACCAGGAUCAAGAGACAGACAAGGGCAAAGACAAGGAGUCCGAGAACACGGACACGGACACCAGAGAGGAUGUUGUUGAGUCGGAGGCUUAACCCACGUUGCACCUGACAAGCGUUUGUAAAUACAUUUAAAGGGUAUUCACACAGUCGGUUAACUCUAUACGGUUUUCUUCAUUCCAAGCGAUGAAAUAUUUAAUGCAUGCUGCAUCAUCCGCUGUGAAAUACCCUACACAUUUAAUUUUCUUAAGCAUGUUGGUUUUGGUUUGAACACUAAGUGACCUUAGAUAAUGAAUGAUAAUAAUGUACCACCCAUUGAACUGUUGUUUACAAUUUACAUGCGAUAUUUCAUAUGCUAUUUUUAAAUAAAUUUAUUAAAUAUACAUCUUUAUAUAUAAAAA